AUGUUUUGCAACUACUACGGCAAUUCCUGUGACUACAGGUGUGGAAACAGCUAUGACUGUGGAUUUAGUCCCUAUUAUGGCUGUGGAUAUGGCUAUGGAUAUGGCUGUGCAUAUGGCUCCUACUAUGGCUGUGGAUAUGGCUCUGGUUAUGGCUAUGGAUAUGGCACUAGAUAUGGCUGUAGAUAUGACUGUGGCUAUGGAACCAGAUAUGGCUGUGGAUAUGGUUUCUGCUGUGGCUGUGGAUAUGGGACUCGCUGUGGCUGUGGAUAUGGGACUCGCUGUGGCUGUGGAUAUGGGACUCUCUAUGGCUGUGGAUAUGGCUCGCGUUAUGGCUGUGGUUAUGGAACCAGAUGUGGCUGUGGAUAUGGCUCUGGCUACUGCAGCUACUGGACAGUUUGCUAUAGGAGAUGUUAUUCUUCUUGCUGCUAG